CUUUCCUUGUCGCACCUAGGCUCGGGUCUGUCGCUAGCACCCAGAACAUGGAUCAGUUAGAAGGUGGAGACAUUUCAAUCGAACAUUUUCUUCAAGACCAACGAGAUUUCUAUAACAGCAAUGGCUGCCUCCAGCGCCAGUUCCAGGAUAGCACGGUGCUGCUCACUGGAGCUACAGGAGCUCUAGGAACUCUUGUACUAGAGAAAUUACUCAGAUGCUGUAACGGGCUCAACAAGAUUUUUGUCGCAGUCCGAGGCAAGAAUGGUAUUUCGGCUGAUCAAAGGCUGAAGGAACUCUUUACCACUAAAGUGUUCGACCGCGUGAGACUCGAGCAGAGAGAAGCUCUGGGUAAGGUGGAGUUGGUAGAUAUGGACCUCGGGUGGGAGAGUCACUCAUCACGUAUUACACCGUAUGUGAACAUGAUUAUACACUGUGCCCUGGUCACGGACUUCACACACUCGCUGAGGGACGCUGUAGACGUCAACGUGAAGCAGACUAUAGCGCUGCUGCAACUAGCUUACUCUUGCAAGAAGCUCGAGGCGUUCGUGGUGGCAACCUCUACCCUAUGCCACAGCCGGGAGCGUGUGCUUGAGGAACGCUUCUAUCCACCUCCCAUCACCGCCAGCGCCAUGUGCGUCGUCCUGGACUCUCUGGCUCAGCACCCAAUCGCCAACGAAUCCAGUGGACUGUUCCUGGGUGACAUCUGCGCAGGCCUGGUCACUCUGAUGAUCACGGAGGAUACAUUGCGCCAGGGCAGGAAGUCUCUCCCGCUGGCCAUAGUCCGCCCUUCCAUGUUGGUGGCCAGCUACAAGGAACCGCUGGCGGGGUGGCUUCCGCCGUCGUCCAAGGGUGUCAUGCUUCUUCUGGCUUACGCCAUGCAGGGCAGACUGAGCACCUUGUGCACGGAACCUGACGAGAAGGCAGAACUGAUGCCAGCAGACUUAGCAGCGUCUGCAUUGAUAGCAGUGACAGCCCACACCUCCUCAGUCAGGAGGAACUGGUACAAUAAGGAAACUGAGGAUUCCGAGAACCUGAGCCAGAUAGUUCUGGACUCGGACAUACCUAUCUACAACCUGGUGUCGUCCAACCAGAGUCCUCUGUCCUGGCGGGAGUUCUUUGUGUGCAGCCUGAGACACGCACGUAGCGUUCCUUUCCUGGACACCGCCUGGUACCCUCAUCUGACUUUGACACCGUCUAAGCUUUGGUUCGCGAUGUUGUUCUAUAUUUUUCAUCUUCUACCGGCGUUGGCGGUCGACUGUUUUUACACCUUCACCGAGAAUCCAAAUGUUGUCAACUCCAAGAUAUCAAGGGUCUACGACAAAUACACGUCGGUGCAGAAACAAUGCGAGGCUCUCACUGUCCACACGGUGACGUCACAGAGGUACCAAGAUAACAACACGCAGGCGCUGUGGCGCACUCUCUCUAUAGCCGACAGGACCACCUUCGACUUCAGCGUCUCCCAGUUGGACUGGGACGAGUAUCUGUACACCCUAGCUCGGGGAGUGAGACUGUACUGCCUGGGUGACUCACUCGACUCCAUCCCGAGAGCUGUCAAGAGGAUGAAAAAACUGAAGUUGCUGCACUAUAGUUGUGUUGCCAUUACUUCCUUUACAAUUAUCAUGAUUAUGAGAGCUUUACUUAAAUUUGUGUUGUUUUGAAA